CUCCGUAUCUCCCGGUGUGAACCAGUUGUCAAGCACAUCCAAAUGUAAAUCACGUCACCGAAAGGGAUGCUGCAAUGGUUGUAAGUGUGAAGAAUGGUUGUGAGUCACUUUUUUCAAUGCCGCUGUAACUUUGAACUGUCACUAAAUGAAUUGUUGUAAGUCGAGGGCUACCUGUACAUCCCUUUUUUAUUUUUGAAAACCUAAUUCGGCUCCUUCCCAUCCCUCCUUAUCUUUCCUAACAACCUCAGAGUCUUCUCUGUUUUGAACCCUCCACUGAAUCUUAAAAAAGAUCCUGGGGAGGCGAUGGCUUCCUAGGCCACAGAGUGAUUUGUAGUGUAUGUAAACUUCAUAAUUUGAUUUUUGUAAGCCUGUGCAGUCAAGGAUUAAUCAGCAUUGUAUGUGAGAUUUCUGACAGCUAGCAGUAGGAUGAAAAUAUCGUUCGUUUACCAAUACAACGUUUGAAUUAGGGGAAAAAAACACUACAGCAAUUUAGGCAAAUCAUGGAGAGAACCUGUGUUGGUUGCUAAAAGUUGAUAGCGACUUCAUGGUACAUGAUCAGUUUAGAUUAAACAUUCCUUUGGAGGCGAUACAAAUCUAAAUUCUAACAAAUAGGAGACCACAAACUUUUAUUGCUUAGUAAUUAUCUUUGGAAUCAAAUCUUCACUCAGAUAAGACUUAGGAAGGGUCUCAGUAGCAAUAUUAGAAGAUGUGAUGCUUGCUUUUCCUCUAGCAAUGCAUUACAGAAAAACAUUUGCCUAACAUUCAGGAAAUUAACAGCUGGGAUGUAUAUUUUUGCAGUUUCCCAUUCAUUCCUGCAUUUUGUUGUAUUUUAAAUAUUGCAAGGAACCACAGUGGUUUCAUUUAAUAAGCAGAGGCUAAUAUUUCAAAUAUGUGCCCCCAUUAUUGCAAAGUAGGUAUUUUUAUGACAUUAUGACAUUCCAUAGCAUAUCUCCAGUUCUAGAGGCUCGCCAACACUCUGCAACAGUCUUUUCUGGAGCUGCAGUGAGGAGUGAGAAGUAAGGUGAACCUGAGCUGAUUUGCAAAGCCACGAUCAAACACAAUACCUACUUUUUAGAAUAUCUGUUUUUCAUGUUACAUUUAUUUAAUAUCAGAAUAACAGUUGGAAGGGAUCUUGGAGGUAUUCUAGUCUAAUUUCCUGCUCAAGUAGGGAAUGGUUAUCUAAUCUCUUCUUAAAAACUGUAUAAAAUAAAUAUCCAGUACACAGAGAGGAGAACUGAGUGUGAACACAACAAGAGCAGUUUUAAAAAAUAAUGUCAGGGUGGUAUAUUGACAGCUUGUCAUUUAGCUACUAUAUUCUGAGGGAUGACCUUGUCUUUCUGAGCAUGUCAGUGGCGCACAGUGAAUUUCAGAAGCAUUUAAUUCCAUUCAUGAAGGUUAAUUUCCAAAUAUUUAUAAGUAGCUUAAUUUACCUGGGUCAUCUUUGCAAAUAGAUAAAUGUGGAUUGCUGUGAUCUGUAGAAAAAUAAGCACAUAUCUUUGGGGCAAAUGUCUUAUGAGGAUUACAGCCUAGCUUAUCAGAUGCAUGAAAUGUCUUGCUAUAAGUGUGUAUGUGUGAAUGGAAAAAAGAAUCAUAAAAAGUGAGGUCAGAGAAAUGAAAUGCAGUAAGGCAAACAAUAAUAGCUGCAUUAUUAAUAGUGGCUAUUUGCAAAGACAGGCGAUGGUGGUAAUGCUUACAUCCUUGCGUGAGUAGACUACAGCAUUUCCCAUAGCUUAUAGUAAAAAUGUUGUAAAGAAUAACACAUGUAAUACUGGUUUCUGUGGUAUGUGACUGCUUUUCCUUAAAGCAUAUGUAUGCAACAAGAUCAGGACAGAAGUACUUAAUUCACAGUAUUCAUGAGUGCAAUGCAGAUCUGAAGUCCAGAAAAUGUGUGGGGGCAGCAAAAUUAGAAGCGAAUCAUAAAGGUCUUGUUUGGUAUUUCUUCAGCAUUACAGCAAGCAGUAUACAUUUGAACAGCAGCUUAUGGAUGGAUUACAAUUUUUCAUUGUAAUUUGUAGUAUAAACGGAUGUCUUUCCUUGACUGUGUUAUAAAUCAUGGUUGUGCUGAAAUACAGAUCGUUUAGCAAUGCUAGUAGCAUGGUGGACGUUAAGCCAUAUUUGGGGGAGGAAAUUUCCAGGAUGGUCCUUCUCACAGGGAUAACCACCUUGGGCAUUCUGCCAAACCCACUUUUGGCAUAGCUUAGCCUGUUUCUCUUGCACCUUCUUUUUUUUUUUUGUGGGAAGCUAUUCUGGAGAAAAGCAUCUUUGUGUUUCCGCGAAAGAAAAUCCAUUCCCUGUUGCCAGAGGUCAGCGUUGAAAUACAGAGGUGCUUUGCUUCCUUGCAUCAGCUGAAAUCAGUGCUCUCCCAAGCAUGAUCCUGUCUCCUCCGUUCAAAUGAAAGAUCAGCUGCUCUGGGCUUUCUCCUUCUCAGCCUUUUUCCCAACUAGCAGCCAUUAAAUCAAACUGCAGCAAAAAGAUAAGGCCAACAUGACAGCCAAGCGGAUUUCCCAAGAGACAUUUGAUGAUGUGGUACAGGAAAAUAUCAUUGAGUUUGGAAUGGAGCCGGAAGAGGCAUUGAAUGAAGCCAUCCAGCAGUUUGAAUCUCAAGGUGUAGAUUUAAGUAAUAUAGUAAAGGAGGUACCCAAUCCAGCUUCAGAGAAUGGUCAAGAACUGAAGCACAUGGUUUUACAGAUAUUGGACUGUCUCCAGAAAGCCGUCAUCGAUGCGGAUUCGAGCAAGGUGGAUGAAUCUUUGGUGAACUUUGCCAAGCAGUGCAGGCAGGAGCUGUCGAUCCGUUACCUCGCUGCCCAGAAAGGUGCCUAUCCUGCGGUCCUGGCUGCUUGUCGGCUGGCAUCGGAAGAACGAUGCUCCCUUUUAAAAGCCCUCCAAGCUCUUUCUGCCCUCCUGGAUGGCCAACCUGACCUCCUCGAUGUGCCCGGGCAGGAGCUGUUGCUGCGAGUGCUGCAGGAGAGCCGAGAUGACGCUGACCUCACUUUGGCUGGAGUCCGUUGCAUCCGAUAUGCUUGCCUGAAACAUGAGCAGAAUCGUCAGGAUCUUGUGAAAGGGGGCAUCCUUACCCUACUAUCUGAGGCUAUAGUCCGGCAUGGGGACCGGGCAGAUGUGGUCCGGGAGGCCUGUUCAGGGCUCCGCAUCAUGACCUUUGAUGAUGACAUCCGGGUGCCCUUUGGCCAUGCCCAUGACCAUGCCAGGAUGAUUGUGACUGAGCAUAACGGCUUGGGAAUCCUGAUAGAGGCAGCCAAAGCCUUCACUGAUGACUGUAGUGUUUUGAGUGAAAUUUGUGCCACUCUGGCACGCUUGUCAGUUCGGAAUGAAUUUUGCCAGGAGAUCAUGGACCUUGGAGGCUUAAACUUCAUAGUGGCACUGUUGGCAGACUGCAUUGACCACCAGGAACUGGUGAAACAGGUGCUCAGUGCCAUCCGGGCCAUUGCAGGCAACGAUGAUGUAAAAGAUGCCAUUGUCAAUGCAGGAGGGACUGAUCUCAUUAUUUUGGCCAUGAGUCGCCAUCUUGGCAACCCACAGGUGUGUGAACAGAGUUGUGCGGCAUUGUGUAUGCUAGCGUUGCGCAAGCCAGAGAACUGCCGAGUCAUCAUGGAAGGCGGGGGAGCCUUGGCAGCUUUGCAGGCCAUGAAGACGCACCCCAGAGAAGUUGCCGUGCAGAAGCAAGCUUGCAUGCUGAUUCGCAACUUGGUCUCGCAUACUCAGGACUUCUCCCAGCCCAUCCUGGAGAUGGGAGCUGAGGACUUGAUCACCGAAGCUCGGGCUGCCCACCGGGACUGUGAUGACGUGGCCAAAGCUGCCUUGAGGGACCUGGGCUGCAAGGUGGAGCUGCGGGAACUCUGGACUGGCCAGAAAGGAAGCCUGGCGCGUUGAAGUCUCAAACCCCUCCAUUUGGGCAGCACCUGUGGAUGCGGAGUAGGAGAGGGAAGCAAAAAGAUUGGAAUAAAUCCAGACUGAGCAGUUGAGAGGGGAAACGAGUGUAUUGAUGCUUCUGGAGUUGGAUAGGACUUGGUUGCUACAGCAGGAGCAACCCAUACUCCAUACUCUCUUGCGUUCAGCUUCUUGGCCCAGGCUCCCUUUCUGCUGUGUUUUGUUGGUAGCGUCCAUGAAGCGGCCCUUCUCUCAAAAAAAAAACAAACAGGGUGGCAGUGCUGUGCCAACGAUGCCGCCGUGCAGCAAUGCUGCCAUGCUCAAGAAAGGGAGACGCUUGCGGUGCGUGUACGAAACUCUAGCGUCUGUACAAAUUGUCUCAAAAGAUUUUAGCAACAAAAGAGAGGGUGGAAGAGCAGGUGGUGGGACCCACGUUUUGCUAAUGUCUCUGAACACUUCCCUCUCCUGCCCUGCAGGAUUCUGUUACUCAACUAGGCCUUCGUUACUAUGACAACCGUUAAGCUUACCAGCUUCCUGCUAUAAUGCUUCCAUUUGUUUGAAUGUGCUGCCUAAAGUCCUGGUCUACUUUUUAUCCUCAGCCAUUCCAGUUGUUUCCAUGUGUUGUCAUGCUGUUCAACCAGUGCAUGCUGCCUUUUUAUUUUUCUCUUUAAUUGUUCCCUCCCUGCCCUCAAUUUUUUUUUUAAUAAUUAAUAAUUAAUAAUUUUUUAAUAAUAGUAAAAGUGUCACCUGGUAGGGGCAAAAGAGAGGUUGAACAGUGUGGGAUCCUAGCAUUGUGCACUUCGUAAAUAUCUGUACUCCUUUUGAAUAUGUAUUUAAAUCAGAUUUCUAGCCCACGAGGGCUGUGGUUGGUGUGUGCUCCAAGAGGUCCGAAAAGAAUGACCUUUUUUAAAAAAAAAUUAUUUUCUUUUCCUUUUUCUGCCUUCCUCUCCCUGUGAUUAUUAAAAUCCAGGAUGAAUUAGUUCUCCAAAAUGGGACUGUUUAAAUAAACCAGUGUAAUUUAUGCAAAUGGAAAUGUUUUAACUUUCCUUGAUGUAGUUUGGGUUGCCUGUGCAAAAAUUGCCAGAUAUGUUAUAUAAAAAUAUACAUGACCCUAUUUGUAGCCAGGUUGCUUCUAUUGUGACCUAGCUUUUGUUUGUUUUCUUUUGCUCAUAAACUACUAGAGUGAUAUACUGUA